AUGGCGAUGUCUACUCUCUGCAGAGCUGGGGUACUUUUGAGGUCUUUUUAUCCUGUUUCUAAUGGUUUUUCUUGUAAGACUUCUUUGUGGAAAAAUGCCUUAAUUGUACGAGCUUGUUCUGGGGGAUCUGGAAGCGUUUUGCAGCGAAUCGAAAAAAAGCAAGAUGAAGCUGUUGUUGGUGGUGGCCAGAGGAGGAUAGACGCCCAACACCGAAAAGUAAGAUCAGAAAAUUUAAAACCUUGAGUACUUUCCAUUUUCUAGAGCUUCAAAGAUGUUGUAAAUUCAGACCGGCAUCGCAGCAUUACAACUCCAAGCCUUUAACAAGUUAAAACCGGCUGAAGUUAUACUCUUUCCAUAACCAAUGCCUUGGGCCGUCGUAGGGGGGAGUGGGGUAAGGAGGGUGGGGGGGGGGGUGCAGGUACCAGCUAAAGAAGGUGGCAGUAUAACUAGUAAGUAUUCACCUAGUACACAAAGUGUUGUAAGUCAGAGUCAAUUCCCAACUGACUUACAUGCAGGGGGAAAGCCCUGGUGAUUUUUUUAUUUCUUUUAGCUCAGACUUAUUUUGGCAGGCUAGGGAUAAUUUGGCCUAACUUUGUUUUACCUCACAAUAACUCUUAUAGCUAAGUCUCUUGGGCUCCUUAUCAAACAACAAAGUAUGUGAAUAGAGUCUGGAUUUAGUGCAAAGUGUAUGCUUCAUGAAUGCCUGGUGCUGGGUGAAAUUCGUAGAUUCCAUCCCUCAUUAUUUGCAAGUUAAUGUAUAUGCCACCCCUCCCCCCAUUUUAAGACUGGGAGGUCUGAAUAAAUAUGAUGUUGACAAGCCAUAUGCAUCUAUUAAUGAAAUAUUAUAUAACCGGCUUUAUGAGUACUAGCAAAGAUAAGAUGAAUCCUGUGUCCUGAUCAGUUCCCUGAGUGGACAAGACUUAAUAGGCAUCUUUUGUCUGCUCAGGAUUGGCCUCCACUUUGUCCUGCAAGAAAAGAGUUUUUUUUUUGUCAUAAAAUAAACUUUUUCUUGUUCAGUCACAAUGGAUGAAUAUUGGCCUUGCUUUUUUUCUUUUUGCAUUUUUGUCAAUCAGUCUCAACUUCUUCUUGGUUCAUAAAGCCUUAGGCUAGCCUGCAAAUACAGUUGUUUCUCCUUGCUCCUUGUUGCUAGGGACUUUUCAUCACAAGGAACGUCAGUGCUUCAGUGACAGAAAUUCCUUACUGAUGACAUAAAUCAAUGUUUAUACGAUAAUAAAUCCAGUAGUCAUGGGGCUCCAAAUGUAUAUUUGUUUGAUUUUAUGUUUUUUUCGGGUGGGUUAUGGUAAGUUUUGUGUUCUACUGCAAACAAGCUCCAGUUUUUUCUAAAGAAGAAUAUAUUCCUGAAAUAUAUGCUGUUUUGUAGUAGAUUCAUCACAUUUACAACCCUGACCUUGCGGCCUUACGUCUUUUGUCUGUCAUUCGGCCCGAGAUCAGGCCAAAAUUUGCGAUAUCCACAUUUUUCAAGAAAUCAUUUUACUGUAACUCAGCAUCAUGUCGUUGCUUUGAACACAGGGAAAGUUGACUGCAAGGGAAAGGAUCAAGUUACUGUGCGACCCAGAAUCGUUUGUUGAAUAUGAUAUGUUUGUGGAGCACAACUGCACUGAGUUUGGAAUGGAAGAUCAGAAGGUCAGAGGAACUGAUAAUGUUUUAUCAAGCUAACAAUGAUAAAGAAUUUUUGUUUAGUUGUAAUGACUACAAACUGACAUACAUGUACACAUAAGAUUACAUAGCUGUACAUAAAAUUAUUGAUAAUGCGUAUUCAUAAAUUUCUGGAAUCUUUAUACAUAUAUAGUUGAGCUAACUGCAUGAACAAUGCAAAGAACAGAAUAUGAACUGUGUGAAACUGAUGCGCUAUCAUUAACUUUAUUAAUGUUUUAGUUCACUGGUGAUAGUGUUGUGACUGGACAGGGGACAAUCAAUGGACGAGUCUGCUUCCUGUUUAGUCAGGUAAGAUUAUUGUCAUGUUCUAUGCAGUAAAUGAGCUAUAUCACCCAUGUUGCCAUCAGUGUCAAUAUUAUUAAAUUGAGCUGAAAACUUUUAAGCAACGGUGGUUAAGCCAUAUUAACAUUAGCUUCUAGUGGCUUGCAGUUCUUCAAAAUAUUUCCUGUUAAUGACAGGGCUGUCAUUAAGUUUUGAGGCAGCCGUAGCAAAUGAAGAUUCACCCGAGACAUCGCACAAAAAUUUAUAGUGCCACUGUUAGCUUUCCACUUUGAUCACCUGUAACAUCAAGACGUUCAGCCGUAUCAGGUGUAAUGGGUUAUGACCCUUCAUGACAGCUCUGAAUGAGGUAGCCCACCUUGUGUCUUGCUGCAAGGGGCAAUUUUCUCUCAGUGCUGUCACUAUAUACAUGUAUUAAUUAAGGGCUAGCCGGGGCAGCAAGUUUCUCUGGCUUCUAUGAGCAUGACCUGCGACUACUUUCAUAGGAAACCAAAAAAAUAUUAGAACUAAAAGAACCCCUAGAAUUACCUUCUAAUAAUUGCAGUUACACAACAACUAAAGAAAUUGGACCUUGUUGAUUUGUGCAUUAGCAUCACUGGUAGUAGCAUAGGCCAAGUUAAAACUGUUUUGUAAAAGCUUUCUUGGCCAAAUCCACAAUCGUUGCAUUUCCCCUUGCCAGUCGGCCAAAGAAGCGUGAGAACGUUGGAGCGCUGAUAUUUAUCUUAUAGUCCAUGUGUUGUUACUGUUAUUCACUUAUUGUUUCAGUUGCUCAGACAAGGUUGUUAACCCUUUCACUGCCAGAGUGGAUGAUGGAGUUUGUUCGGUGGUUCUAACUUUUAUGUCUGUGGACAAAAUCCUAUGCUGUGACCAUUCAAAUUAAAUCUCUUUGGAAGUAAUUUCAUGUGGUGUUAUUUGCUUUAAAAAUAUUUUACAAAAUGAAAUUUGGGAUUUUUGUUGAAUUUGCCUUUGGUCAUAUUUGACAGUGAAAGGGUUAAUGGGCGAUUCCAGAAAAUAUCCAUACCAUACCACGGACAGCUUUAAGGAUUUCCGAAGGGGAGGGGGGAUUCACGAUUAUGGAAUUCUGAAGGCAUGGGGGGUAUUUACGAUUUGAAAUCCGAAGGUAUGGGGGAAUUCCACAGGUGGGAUUUCUGGAGUAGAAAGUGUAGAGUAAGUUCCUGGAAAACGCUAUUGUUGUGGACUUUUGUAGUUCGUAAAUAAACCACGAACGUAUGACCGCGGAAGCAGAAGACAAGCAUCGAUAGAUCAGACUCGUGUUUCCGCUCAUAACUUAUAGAAGUGAACAAUAAAACGUUGGUUUCACAUUUACUUUGAUGAAUUUCUUGUCACGUGAAUAAAAACUGAAAAUGUAUCUUUUAAUGCAAAUGCAAAUUUUUGCAAAUUUCUUGUUACUCCCGUCCGAAACCGUCCGAUAAACAGUAAAAAACUCGCACCAGUCCCUCACUUCCAAGGAACGCCUGUCAGAUUAGAACGCUUUUCGUGCGCACUACAUGACGUAUAAAAGGAUGCAACACGACUCGACGGUGUAUUUGACCGCCAAAAGAUUUUAACAGUCUGUUUGAGCUAUUUUCCUUUGUAAACGUCAAAACAGCACAAAAAAACAAAGAGGAGUAAAAUUACCUUAAGUGGUGUUUAUUUUUAUAGCCAAAUGCGGACUUAAAAAGGAGUUUGCACGGCCUGGCAACUAGCGUAGGUUUUUCUUGUCACUGAAGAGUAAAGCUUGUCACCUGGCGCCGCUAGAUCACAGCCUUGAGGAGGCAUAAAUUCAUGUUCGUUUGUUCUUAUAGGCGUUGCUAAGUCGAAAAUGUACUUCCAAAAAAAACCGGAAAUUCUGAAGGGGAGGGGGGAUUCACGACUAUGGAAUUCUGAGGGCAUGGGGGGGUAGCGCAUUUUGGAAUUUCCGAAGGCAAGGGGGGGUUAAAACAUGGAAGCCGUCCGUGGUUGGGUAUGGAUAUUUUCUGGAAUUGCCCAAUGACAAACAAAGCAUGUUUUUUCCCAAAGCAGGCCGAGGUCACAUAUUGAAAUUUGUUUACGGUAUUUGUAAAAAAUCCCUUUCCUUGCUUUUUAGGAUUUUACUGUAUUUGGUGGAAGCUUGUCCAGUGCUCAUGCAAGAAAAAUUUGCAAGGUACAGUACAGUACAGUUAUAGAUCCCUUCAGUAACUGUGAAUUGGACUUGUUUUUCUCAUUGAUAGAUAGCAUCCUACCAAAUGAGCAACUUACAUGUUAGUUGUCAGACUUUUGUUGUGAAACUCAUUCUUUGAAGGACAUCAUGUAAUCUGACAGUCUGAAAAAUGUCACGAUGAACAGCUUCUGAAGUAGGUUGAGUUAAUGGUUGUCUGCUGAACGUAGUCCUGAAUAGGACUGUUGUUGUUGACAGUGACUGACUUUUGGACAACCUGUGCGGUAGUCAUCUUCAGAGUCAAAGUGGGUUGAAUCAUGUUGACCAGCUUCAUUGGCCAUUUGUCAUAAUAUGCUGAGAAGUGAUGUUUUUCAGUCGGUGACAUAGGUGGCUCAGAGAAAGAAAUCUGAGCUUACCCAAUAGACUGUGAGCUGUCCUUCAGGAUAGUCGCAUUAGCGAGGAAAUCGAGCAAAGCAAAUGAAAAAAACAUUGGUUGGAUGAAUCAAAACUGGGGAGGAGGAGGCACCCCUCUGCUGCUGAAUCGUCAUGCCCUCUCUCACUCCUCGAUCUACUGCAGUCCAUUUACCCAACAUGAGUACGAUCUUCUGGUAACUAGUCCAAAUGUUCUAGCAGCCUUGGUAACAGAAGACUCAUUAGUGUCAUUUAAGUAGGUUCAAGUGACAAACAUCUCACAUACAUAUUGUCCUGUCGGAAGGGAAUAUCAAAAGAUGGUGAAUAUGGAAGAUUAUUAUGUCAUGGGUGCUCAGAAAAAAAGGGAAUUUUCAGUGCUUGAUUAGUUGGCAUUCUUUCCAUGAAGCUCAGUGCUACAGUACAAAUUUGCAUUUGGGAACAUUUGGAAGGACCUGUUAGUGUUCUGGUUUUUAUUGAAAACUGUAGGAUUUUUAAUUUAAAUCAGGUAUUUAGAAGUUAAUCUGCAAGUAAAAAUUCUUGUUUUUUAAUACUUAACAAUAUAAUUUUAAGGGCCUUCUUUGCCUUCCAGUCUGUACUUUAUAACUCUUUUUUUAUUAUUGCUAAAUUCUCUUGAUUUUUGCUAGUGUGUGUUUCAUUUUGCAAGUAAUAAUUAUUUUUACUUUUCAUGAAAAAGUGAUUUUUGCUAAUCAUCUAAAUAAUUAACAAAAAAGGAACAUUAAUCAUGCACAACAACUGCUGUAAUCAUGCACCCUUGUAACCCCAGGUUAUGGACAAAGCGAUGUUAGUGGGUGCCCCAGUGAUUGGUUUGAAUGACUCAGGUGGAGCACGCAUCCAAGAAGGUGUGGAAUCACUGGCAGGCUAUGCUGACAUUUUCCAGCGUAAUGUGAUGGCAUCAGGAGUUAUCCCACAGAUAUCUCUUAUUAUGGGACCUUGUGCUGGAGGUGCUGUUUAUUCCCCUGCUAUCACUGACUUCACAUUCAUGGUGAAGGUGAGUAAACUAACAAAUGAUGGUUUAUUUAUAAUGGUGUACAUGUAGGUACACAUGGUUGUUCUUAACACCACUUUCCGGAUCAAAAUUGAGUAAUUUAUAAAUGUAGGGUUAGGGUGAUUGACACUUUCGCAGGGUACCCAAAUAGCGCAUGCAUACACAAGCAGAGUCCGAUACACUGUACCAAUCAACAGUGAGUGGAAAAUAAUUUAUUGUGGUAUAUGCAUAGCCUGUAGAGCUGAAAAUUAAUGGCAAACAGUCACUCAGGGUUCGCACAGUCUUCAAGAGUCCUUGAAUUCCAUUUUUCCUUGAAAAGUCCUUCAUUUUCCGUGCUAAUCUGUGAAUAGUCCUUGAAAUUUCUUUAACUUUCAAUGUAGUGGCCUGGAAAGUGUUUUUUAAAAUGCUUUUUGGUUGUCCAAGACAGGAUAAAUCAAAGCCCAGAGAAGUUAUAGGAUUACAAACACUGUCCAGUCAAUUAUACUUGUUUAAAAACAGGCAUUGCCUUCUUUAUUCUUUUAUAGGAUACAUCAUAUUUGUUUAUUACAGGACCAGAUGUAGUGAAGGUAAUAAUACAAGUAAAAUUACAUGUAUUUUCCAAGAAGCCUAAAGAUUAAGUUCAUCAUGGUUCUUUGAGUAAUUAUUCCUGGGCUAAAAGCUUUCCAUAAAAAUUAAUAUUAUUUCUAGUAUUAGAUCAGUUGAUGUAAAUUAUAAUUGCAAAAUGUUGUGCACAUGUGCACCAGCAGACAGCUGGGCUUAUUUAAGGUGCAUUUUUGAUACUUAUUCAAGGGUUGUAACACUGUAAAUCCUCUAUUAAGCCCCCCUCUCAAGUAAGCCCCCUCUCUCUAAUAAGCCCCACCUUUUCAGGGGAAGAAAGGUAAUAAGCUCCCUCCCCUUCCCCAUAUUAUUCUUCACAGAUAAAUGAUAGACUCCAUUAAUCAAUCACAACUGUAAAACUUCAUUUGGACUGAUCCAGGAUUUUUAUUCACCAACUAGAAGUGCAAAUUUGUUUUUGAACCUCUGCUGCGUGACCUCCAACGUCUUGUACUUGAGCUUUUUCAGUUUGUAUUCUAGUUAUUUAUGGACAUCUGACACCAUUGCCUUUCUAAAUUUAAUAAGCCCCCUCAAAUGUAUUAGAAAUAAAUAAGCACUUCAUGGGGGGCUUAAAAGAGGAUUUACAGUAAAAACAUUAGUUCCAUUAACUUUCCUUAUUUUAUUUUCUUGUUACAGUCAAAUCCUGUUAAUUGGGGUGUUUAUGAGGUGUCUGUAUUUGAAAGGGGUUUGUAAAUUGGGGUCUGAUUAUUGUUUUUACCAGACUGUUACUCAAGAAGAUGUGACACAAGAGGAACUAGGAGGAGCUAAAACCCACACCUCUGUAUCAGGAGUUGCUUGUGGUGCCUUUGAAAAUGAUGUUGAAGCUUUGGCAACGUAAGUAAUAAUAAUAAUAAUUUAAUAAUAAUAAUAAUUAUAAUAGUAAUAAUAAAUAUUUAUAUAGCGCCUAUACUUUUCAGUGCUCAGCGCAAGUACACUGAGCACAGCAUCUCAAGUCUAAGAAAGUCUCUCGAUGUAGGAGAUGGUUGGGUUUAAAUCCACUCCUAUAGGCCACAUUCUGAAAAUCUGAAUAGUAGUGAAGGACAUUGCAUCAUCAGUGCUUUCCUCACUUAAUUUGUUAUUUUUUAAGCAUUCUGAACUCUAAUUCUGCAUGGCCUUGUAAAUAAAUUAUUGAAGCCUGAAUUUUUACAUGUCUUCUCUUUGCGACAGUAUUAAGUUGCAUCUUUAACUGGGAUGAUCUUCUUUGUAUUUAUUUCUCCAUUCCAUGGUUCAACAUGUAGCUCAGUCACCUUUUAACAUUGACUUUGUAUUGGCAUUUUUCCAUCUGUCUUAAAUAGUUUUUGUAGCCUGCACUCAAACCCAAGGGAAUUGGUGUAAUUUCGCCUUGUACUUUUUUUUGGUCAGGAUCAGAGACUUCUUUGAUUUCCUACCACUAAGCAACAAGAACCCUUCACCAAUCAGAGAGUCUGAUGAUCCAUGGUAAGUGUAAAUUAAUAAAAUAAUUGUGAGACCCUAAAUUAGUGACAUCAAAAUCUACCUUCUCCUCAUCAUCAAAUGCACAUUGAGAGCUUAUUACAAGAGAAUAUUCAGAAUAUAAACUUUGCAAGAAGAAUAUGGGGCAACCAGUAUAGGAAGCAUUUUAAGUCCCUGCUCGCUUAUGAUUUAUUAGAAAAGACUGUUGGUCAACAGUCGGCGGACUGUUGGCCGACAGAUUUUUUGGGAGGAGCUGUUCUUCACUUUUUUUGAAAGUCAGUUUUACAACUAGGCAAGAAUCCAAUGAUUCAGUUUUUAAUAAUUUAUGUUAUAACCUAAUUAAGUGUUAGAGCGGUUUUCACUUGACUGUCGAAAGGGAUUGGUUUUGGUUUUGGUUUUGGUUUUACUACGCCCUUUGGUUGGCUAGUGUAUUUACUUUGGUUUUGGUUUUACAACAGUCAAGUGAAAACCGCUCUAAACUACGUUAUAUAUGCUGCAUUCUUUUGAAUGAGAGCUGAAUACACAAAUAGUGGACAGUGAUAAAGUCUUAACAAUGUUAAUAUUCUGUUGUUUUCAUUUAGUGAUAGAACAAUUCCAAACCUGGACACCUUGGUUCCAUUUGACUCAACCAAAGCUUAUGACAUAUUGGACGUAAUAUACCCAGUAAGUGUCCUUUGUGUUGGAAAACAGAUUAUUUUUACAAUGUACCUUUCUUGUUCAAAAAAUGUUUAUCAAGGUCGAUCCCCAGUUUUCUAGCCUGUGGUCGAAUAAUUUAGAUGUGUAUUUCCAGGCAUUAGUACUCUCUAUCAACAUGUUAUGCCUGAAAAUCCAAGCCAAACAAUUGCAAACUGUGAUGUAAGAGUUUUUUCUGUGGUUGACCAAUCAGAUCAUAUAUAAAGGAUAGAAUUGGCAAGUAGUGGUGUAACGAUUAAUCAAAUUCUCAAUUAAUCGCGAUUAUGACCGUUCGGUUUGAUUCACAAAUCUUUCCUUCCACGUUUCGAUUUGGGUUCAGGGUGGGUUCAGGGUGCCCUCAGUGAGUUAUUCAUUAUUUUAAAAUCAGAAUCCAGAACUCUUUAAAAUGUGCGCUUUUGAUUGAUAAACAAAGACGAUAGCAGUUCCUGUGCCAUUUUGUGUUGCCUGGCAAAAAUGCUGUCUUUCAACCACUCCUUGAGAAUUUCCAAAUAAGGCAAACCAUGUGUGACACGCUAUUUGUCAGGUUCUCAAACAUGGUGACGAACCAAGUGACUGUGAAUCCUCCUGUCCCUCUUACUGUUCUCAAAUUGAGGGUUAAGGGUUGCAUGUUGUUAACAUUACGCGUUAUGUUAUAAAAAUUACGACACAAAAAUAUAUAAUCGAAAUCAAAAGGCAAUAAUCGAAAUCGAUUCGAAUCACAAGGCAUAUGAAUCGUUACGCCCCUAUUGGCAAGAGUAUGCUCAAAUGUAUUACUGAAGGUAUGGUAAAAUGGAAACCAUAAAUGCGCAACUUGUUCUGCAACAUUGCUGCAAAACGAGUUGGAAUGCGAUGUUGCACAUUUUAUCACCCACAAAUCAACCUGGUCUUGCAACAAAUCAGGUUGUUGUCAACCUGAUUUGUUACACAGGUUUGAACGUGGGUGGUAAAACGCGCAACAUCGCUACCAUAGCUAGCUUAAAGAAGGUUUCCUUCCUCUUUCUCUCCUCAAAGGUCUACUUGGAAAGAUCUGUGAUUUUAUUUGUGUUUUAACUUAGUUUACUCCGCUUGUAACUUUGAUAACAUUUUUAUUUGCAGAUAGUAGAUGACGGUGAAUUCUUUGAGACUUCUCCUGAUUAUGCUAAGAACAUUGUGGUGGGAUUUGGGCGCAUGAAUGGUCGUACCGUGGGCGUGGUUGGCAAUCAGCCAACAGAAGCUGCCGGUAAGUGUUGUUACAUGUAGUCGUUAUUAAAUAGGGUAGGAAGACUUAGGUGGGAAGGAAGGAAUUCUUUUUUUUAAUGUUGCCAAAAAAUGAUAAAAUUAAUUAUAGUUAUUUGCUGUUAUGUUGCAUAAUAUAUUUAGGGGUUUUCAUUAAUUAUUAUGACCUUUGGGUGGGGCAGGGUGGAGGGCCAUGGGUUAUUUUCAAAAGGCCUGUGGUGACCUUGGUCUUUAUAAAGUAAAUUGAUAUGCCUAAAAGCCCAAAGGUUUGAUCAAGUACAACAUGGAUGAGUGAGGUCAGUUGUUGAUUUUUUGCUCUCUACAUGAGAGUGGUUAAGGAAAAUUUUGCAUAAAUUUAUCCUCCCAUCUUUUGGGUCAUGAGCAAUUAAAGCCCCGUAUGCCCAUUUUAAUUAACCACCUGUCUCCUCUAAAUCCAGCAAGCAGAAAAAAGGCUCUGCUGGGUGCAGGGUGCAUUUUCAAUUGCCAAAAUUGAAAUACAAUAACUACAUUUUAAUGUUAUGUGUAUUUUUCUUCCCCACCUUUGUAGGCUGCUUGGAUAUCAAUGCAUCCGUUAAGGGAGCCCGUUUUGUUCGUUUCUGUGAUUCUUUCAACAUUCCAAUAAUCACCUUUGUGGAUGUUCCAGGAUUUCUUCCAGGUCUGUUUUCCUGUUUGUGGCAACUCUUACAAGGCUGCUCUUUGUUAAAUUAUUAACAUACUCUAAAAAUACUUAUAGUUUAUUAGUUGUUUCAAGUGACAAACCAUAACUGAUGUGCAAGAAAAGACAAGGCAGUAGUGACUUUUGAGAAGUGCUAUGUAAUGCUCCAUGAAAACCAUUGUCUAGUUUAUCCCACACCUUACUAAAAAUAUUCUAUUAGUCAAGACUAACUUAUUGUGUUUUGGCUGUACAUAAUUCAUAAUUCUUAUUGCGGGAUAUACUUUUGUGUCCAUUUGGAAAAAGUCCACUAAUAACUUGGGGUUAAUUGGGGGAUGUCCCUGCAAAUGAAAAUAAUUUCCUUAACUUAGUUGCAAAACGUUCAUUAUCGCAGGGACACAUCAAGAACAUGGUGGUAUUAUUCGACAUGGUGCCAAGCUUUUGUAUGCAUAUGCUGAGGCUACAGUUCCCAAGAUAACUGUGAUCACCAGAAAAGUAAGCUUUGUUUUCUAUAUCACAUGCACGUGGCUUUUUAUUGUUAAAAGUUUAAUUUGUUUUUUCAUGACUCCCAGGAAUUGUAACUUUUGGCUGGUCUAAAAGUGUAUAGUUACUCCCGUUUAAAUUAUGGCUGUAAAGACAAACGAUCUUGUUUGUUUUAAUUGCAGUUCUAAAAAUGUGGGGGGAGGGGGGAUAAGAUAUGGGGUACUUUAAGUAUGUUGUACAGGACAUACACUUUUACAAUCAUGGUACCAUUAUAAAGUGCUCUUUUCCAUGCUCUCUUGUCUUGCGAGACCGCAGAAAAUCUUGGGGGCAGCUGAUCAGGGUCUCUGAGACAAAUUAAGAUUUCAGGAAAAGUAUAGAAUACAUGAUGCUUGACUUGAAUUUUCUUAAGGGUGGGGGAGAAAUUACUGACAUUGUAUUAUCAUAAUAUUAUCGUAGGCAUAUGGUGGUGCAUAUGAUGUCAUGAGCUCUAAACAUCUCCGUGGUGAUUUUAACUAUGCUUGGCCAACUGCUGAGGUGGCUGUUAUGGGGGCGAAGGUGUGUGUAGAGUUGUUUAGUACGUUAUUUUUAAAAUGUUGAAUAUUACUGAGUUGCACUCACUGGCCAGUUGCAUAUGAAAAAUGGGAUGGUUUGUAACUUUAGUCACUUCCAGCCUCAUGCACAGUAUUUGUAGUCCAGGGCACUAUGCAAACAACUGUGAAAAGGUCUAUUUCUUAUUUUGCGAAACAUUUCACUUUGGUUUAGAUUUUAAUAAGUGGGUACACAGAUCGCAAUGGACAGAUGGUUGUAAAGCCAUGAAACAACCAAAGUUUCUCAUACAAAUCCAGAUUUUCUUACCCAUGGCAAAAUGGCACAGUACUCUGGCAUGUGGAGCUCCACUAUAAAGAGGUUGAAAAUGGUAGAAUCUGUUAAACUCAGAAACCCUAGUUUUAAAUUAACUGAAACCUGUAUUUCAGUGAAAGGUUCUUAACUCGGAGACAUGAACAAGACUUGAGAUUGACUUAGACCCAAUCAUUUCAGCUAAUAAUGUGACUGAAACUUUAGAAAAAAAUAUACCUGUAGGGCUGCCAACAAGGGCCAGGGAUCUCCGCUGGACGCCAUAAGCAUGAACCGUGGCUUAUUUGAGAGGAAACAGAAGGAGAAUAGAACAUAAAAAUUCUUAAUGAAAACCCUGUAUACCCAGCAACUUGAAAACUUAGUGAUAUACAGCCCUGAAACCCUAAAAUCACUACAGGAAUAUGAUAAUAUUACCUUUGCUUUGUUUUCUUUGUGCCAGGGUGCUGUUUCUAUCAUCUUUAGAGGAAAAGAGGAUAUUGGUGAGUCAUAUUGCCAAGGCCUACAGCCAAUCAACUCUUUGAGGCCUUUAAGUCUCCAGUAUUAACAAUAUGUACUAGCUGGUAUAAUCCGUGUCCAGAUCAAUUUGGGUAUUGCGAUCCUGUAUGUUAAUCAAAAUCAAUUGACUGGAGAGGUGCUGUCCAUUUCUAGUUUAUAUUUUAACAUUAGACUUUAAUAUACAAAAAACUUUUCCGGAUAUUCCCAAAAAGUCCUUUCCAGUCAGAAGCUGCCUGCAGAUUAACAGGUUUAAUAAACUGGUACAAAUCUAACAUUCAACAUUUUUCUUUUUCCAGAAAAAUAUGAAGCAGAAUACAUGGACAGGUUUGCCAAUCCAUUCCCAGCUGCCACAAGAGGUAAAUUUUCAUAACAUUUUCAUUUGUUACAUCUUUCUGUUUCCCAUUCCAACUUUUAUGUGGGGGAGGACAUGGUGUCAGAAGCCCAGGCCCAGGACAUGGGGGUAGGACAGGUACGGAAGGUGGGAGAGGGAAGGGUGGCUAGGGGUUCUAAUAGGGUGGAAAUGGUAGGAAAAUAAUAGGAGGAAAAUAUGCAGCAAUGCUUAAAAUUUUGCAAUGGAAAAAGGGGUGGGAGCCAGGAAUGAGAGGGGACAGGCGAAACGCAGGAGGUGUUCUUGCACUUCCCCAAGUCCUUAAUAGUCAUCACUGAAAGCUUCAGCCUGAGCCAGGGUCUUGGGCAGUGUGGAAGAGCAGAAAAAGUGAGCAAGCAGUGAAUUAACAAACAAGAUAAAACAGCAGGAAAAGAGAAAAGGAAACCUGUAAGAAUCUUUUCAAAUAGCUUAAUCCGCCCACUACACCACCCAAAUGACAAAUGUCAAAGAGUCUAAAGGUGUGGUGUAGGGUUGUUUGCUCAACAGAUUUGUUAGACUACACAGUACAUGUAAAGCCAAAUGAUUGACAUAAGUGUUGAAAAAAUCUAUCAUAGUUGACCGAUCAUAGGGUAUACGACGAGCUGGUAUACUGAAAUAUGGUAUUGAAAACAAUGCUUACAGGUUCCACCACUCCAUCUCUUUCCACCUCCCAUGCAGUUUUCUCACAAUUCUUCUUGAUCUGCUUUCUGCAACUUCUUGGAGCCUGGAACGGUCUAUGAAACUUUCAAUCCCCACUAAGUCAAUAUUAGCAUUAUUUGCUAUUGACCUGUAGAGUCUGCCAGUUAAUGGAAAAUUAAUUAUGUUAUAUUACCCUUCUCCUGUAUGCAGGAUUCGUGGAUGACAUUAUCAAGCCUCACAUGACCCGUAAACGAAUCUGCAGGGAUCUUGAAGUGCUAGCCACCAAGCAACUUACCAAUCCUUGGAAGAAACAUGGCAACAUUCCUUUGUAAAGUACCCUUCAACUGCCUGGCGCUGUUUGGUAGUUUUUAGCGUAGGUUAGGCCAUUCCCUUGUUUAUCUUGGGUCUCUUUUCUUCUGGCCAUCCCAGAUUUAACCUUUCAAGAAAACAAAACAAUACCAUAGGAAAGCAAACUGGUGGUUGUUCUAAAGAGUGUAAAUUGCUGUUGUUGUUGGACAGUAUUCUGACAGAUGUGUCACAUUUACACAGAGCUGAUAUAGAUCAGUCAUGCUGUAAGACUUAAUCUGUGUAGCAAAUGUUUCCAUUCAACUUAUUGCAUGCCUCUUUGUUGCUCUUGUUCCAACUCUCUUGAUUGACUCGCACAGAAAUGUUUGGGCUUCUGUAGAUAUAGAACCUGCUUUAAAUUUAAAAUGUAUUUCAGUCAUGCAAAAUAGUAGGCAUGCACUUUUGGGAUUACCAUAAACAAAAGGUCUGUGGUUUGUAGUUCUAAUCUACUCUGCUUUAGUUUUUUCAGUCUUGCUUCUUUGUUUAAGAAAAAUCCCCAAAUUAAUAAAUUAAUAUAGAAAAGAGGAAAAAAUUGUGGUGAUGGCCUUACUACAAAAUAAACUAGUUUACUCCGUGAAUUUAAGUACAGUUUUUUCCCCAAAAUCAUAGCAGACAUUGCAAAGCCUUCAUCCAGGUCUGGAUCUUCUCAAUUGGUGGGAUGAUCAAGACCAUUUGGGUAAUUAUAAGUUUAUAGAAACUGUCCUCUUUUAGGCCAGUCAGUUCUAUCCACUGAUUUUGAUCACUCCAAAUCAUCCUACCAGCUCAUCCCACAUCACAUGGAAGGUAUAAUGGGCAAUUCCAGAAAAUAUCCAUACCCAACCACGGGUGUCUAGAAAACUCAGACCUAGAAAACACAGACCACAGACCUCAGACCUAGAAAACCCAGACCUCGAAAACACAGACCUAGAAAACCCAGACCUCGAAAACACAGACCUAGAAAACCCAGACCUCGAAAACACAGACCUAGAAAACACAGACCUCGAAAACACAGACCUAGAAAACCCAGACCUCGCAAUUUAAAACGAGUCUUAAGACCUACACAUUUGAUGACAACAGUUUACGCAUGGCGCUUAUAUUCCGUAUAGUUUAUAGCUACUGGCGUGCCGACUUUGCUUUUUUUUGGUCGUUUGACGUUUAUCUAUAGCUAUUGCUGGACUGAGCAACAAGAAAAGGCAGCAGUCAAACGCAGGCUUCCUUUGUUGGUCUAGGAUCCAUGAUUGCGUGAUGGAAUGCCCCAUUCUUUUUUUUUUAUCUUUUCCCUUAAGUGUUGUUUUGCAAUAUAAUUAAAAAUGUAAAGCGAAAUAAAAUAUAUGGACUGAGUAGUUUUAGUAGUGUGAAGGAGAUUAUUCGGAAGGCCCUGCAAUUUUCGUGAAUACAUCACACAUCAUCUUUAUUAGCGACUAAACAGCUGACUAAAAAUCACAAUUACUUGGUACAACCGGAGCGGCAAAUUGUAAAACAUCAGUAAAUGAACAGCAACAACGACAACAUUGAAAACCACGAAAUUGCAGUCUGUCAGCACUUAAACGGCCGCUUUGCCCAUUCUUCAGUGCUGUUUCCAUUAAGUUAUUUGUUACUUUUGCGUUACUACAUUAGUGGAAAAACCAUGUUCAUAGAAGUAAAGCUGUUGUUCUUUUACUAGUCGUUAUAAACAGGAACUGGACUACAUCGAAAAUAUCGCGUCCCAAUCCAAUGUUAAAUAACGACAGAUCGCAGGACAUUUAAAUAAUUAGUAAGACAGCGGACGGCUGCAUAUUCCAGAGAAUUAGGCGGCAUUAAUUUGCUUCUACUUGAGAUCCUGAAAACUUUUCAUUUAGAACAUUCCCAUGCAGUCCUUGUAGAGAUUGAAAUUGUACAUAACAGAUAACGAAACUGUAUCAAAAAAACAAAAAAUAUAUGUUAAAAUAUAUGAAAUAUAUAAUGAUUAACGAAAUAUAACGAAACUUAUCCUUCCAUUCAAGUUUUUGUUUCCAAUAAACCAAGAAACCAUCUGUUAUAACCGAGUAUACUUGCUCUCAACAGAACUCUUCCGUAGUAUAUCGUGGAUGAAGAUUUC